AUGGCUAGAAACAUAAAGCAAGAGCCUCAAGAAAACUUAUCACUGCAAAGUAUUGCUGAUAUUUACGAUCAAAUCAACACAGAGAUGCAGAAAAAUCAAAAUCUUCAAGAAAGCAAUGCAAGACUAAGAAAAGAUCUUGAAGAAAUUAAUCAAAAAAUUGUUGCAACUAAAUCUGCAAAAAUUUCCGAAAGUCAACCUUCAUUUUCUCAACUUGAAAAUCUGCUGAUUCCAGGCCAGAAUGGCCAAUUAAGCAAUUCAGAAAAUAUGGAUGUCGAAAAUUCAAGCUAUCUUUAUAAUCUGCCCGAAAAUGAAGAGAUUAGAAUGCUUGAAAAUCAGUAUAUUGAAGAUGUCAAAAAAUUCAAGCUUCAAAUGAGAGAGUUGUUUUCUAAUUUCAGUGGGUAA